GUUUUAUCAGGUCUUUCUUUUGUUAUAUCUAACGUUAAGGAAUUCCCAGUUUCCCAUGGAUUCCAUGAGCAGAUCAACGCUAGUUCCUCCUUGCUAUGACGAUGAAACGCCUGAGGAAAGUAGUUGGACUAUGUAUUUUAAAGAGUUCUCGAAUGGCAACGAUGAUGGUGUUGAGAUGAAUGGAAACGACAGCUGUUGUUCCUGCGACAUCAAUCACCAGGCACCAUCUCUGGUUUCAUUGGAACAUAAUAAAAGCAGUAAGAAGAAGAGGUUGAGUUUCAAGAAAAGGAAGACUAAUGGAUCAUUUGUUGAUGAUGAUUUGGAAGACACUGCUAGCUCUCCUGUCAAUAGCCCCAAGAUGUGUGACAUGGAGAACCAAUUUGGUAAGAACAUGAAGAUGAAAGAUGUCAUGGACAUAUCAAAGGAGGACAAAGGAAGUGGAUCAACAAGAGAGGAGAUGAGUUGGGUUUCAUCAAUGGUGGAGGAAAUGAAGAAACUCAACUAAAGAAAAGGGGUCUUUGUUUAGUUCCUUUGUCAAUGGUAGUACAAUAUCUAAGUUGAUUUUCACAUUUUAUUACAUACCCUAUGUGUAUCUCUUUCUCUACAUCAAUUCAACCCUACAUCAAUGCGACCAA